CAAUCGGCGCGCGGCUUGUUUUGGGGCGGUUGCUAAGCGGGAAGCGUCUUGUCCUUUUCCUGGUGGGGAGUGAGGCCUCAGCGGCCUUGUUCUUCGGACUCUCCUCCGCCUCCGUUAUCAUGGCGUUUGCCUUCAGGAGAAGCCGCAAGAGCCAGUUUAAACAUAUAGCUCAUGGCCUGAUCCCUGCCGCUACCAUAGCUCCUAAAGCUGCUGUCCCCCGCACCCCUCCCCCUCGUAGUCCAAACCCUUCUCCAGAAAGGCCCAGAUCUGCUUUGGCAGCAGCUAUUCUUGUGACAACUCUGACUGGGCGGACCGUUGCCAUCCCUCAGCCUCGUCAGCGCUCUCUUUCUGAAAGUGAUGCCAGCAGUUUACAGGAUCGAGAAAACUAUAUUCAGCCAUAUGCCACAGUCACUGAACUGCGAAUGGGUCCAAACUGGAAGCGUGAUGGUGAUGAAAGGAGUGCUGUGCAGUCUUUUGAAGUAUCUGGCAGUUGCUGUGAUGACGAAGAUACAUAUGCAUCAGACACAGAAAAAGAACGAGAUCCAGUCCACCAGACUACUACUGACACAACAGAAAGUGUUAGUAGCAAGGCAUAUGCUGUUCUACAGAAAGUUAAAAAGGAAGAUCUCCCAGUAUCUUCUAGUGCUGAUGGUGAAGAAGUUGAUUUUUCUGUUAAUGAACCUGUUCAUCUCAUUCAUCCAAAUGUUCAGGUGGAAGAGCUUGACCACUCUGGGCCAAAUUUGAAGACGAAAAGAACCUCAUCAGACAACCCAUUGAGUGAAAAACCGCCACCAUCUCCAGUACUCCAUAAAAACCCAGGAGAAAUGCUUCUGAAAUUGAAAGAAGAAAAUUGGCAGUUGAACAACACAAGUCAGAUCCUGUUUUCACAACUUGAGGAGACAAAGCAGCAACUGAAGGAACUCCAAUUGAAAGUUAAGAAGCUGGAGAAAGAAAAUCGACAAUUGGAAAAGGACAAUAGGAAAGAAACUGCACAAAAGUCUCGCAGUGAAGAGGAAUUUGCAGAAUUGCUUUCAUUAAGACAACAGGCUCAGGAACUGGUGGAUGAAAAUGACAGCCUGAAAAUGACUGUUCAUCGUUUGAAUGCAGAAUUGAGUCGAUACCAGACAAAAUACAGACCAAUUUCACCAAGUGAGAGUCCAAAGACAGGAAGUCUACCAAUGAAAAAGCCAAUACCACCUUGGCUGUUGGAUAUGAAAUAUCUGUCACCCCUCUUGUUGGCCUAUGAAGACAGAAUGAGAGAAAAGGAAAACUUGAUUCUUUCACAUGAGGAAGACAUGAAACUCUUCAAAGCACGAGUUGAAGAGGUAGUGAAGGAAAAUGAACAGUUGUACAAGAAGCUAAAUAGAAAUAGCUCUGUGACGACCAAACAAUGGCAACAGCUGCAAAGCCAAGCUAAGCUUGUCUUAGAGGAGAACACGGUGCUGAUGGAGCAACUUGAAAUACAGCAAGCAAAAGCAAAGGACAGCCUCAGUGAACAUAUUCAAGAAGUUUCCAAAUUAACGAAACAGCUAAUGAUUUUGGAAGCCAAAAAACAGAGCCAAGAAGAAGACCUGAAAGAAUGCCAGAAGCAGCUGGAUGACUUACACGCCACAUACAAAGAGUUAAAAACAAGUGUUAAAGAUCAAAUAACUGUAGAGGAACAUGAUGCUUCAGUAAAUAAAUUGAAAUGUCAGCUGCAAGAGGAACAAGAAAGGAGAGAGACUGAAGCCAAGGAAUUAAUGACAAAACUAGCUUUUGUGCAAGCAGAAAAGAGAAGUCUCCUUAUUGAGAAAAAUGAUUUGGUGGCUGAAAACAAGGUUCUAGAAGCUGAACUGGAAAUGGCACAGAAAGCAAAAAGGCAAUCUCAGAAGAAAAUUGGUCAUCUGAAGCAGCAGCUGGAAGAAGCAAUGGACAAAGAGAUUGUGGCUCAUCAAUAUCUAGCAAAUCUGGUCAGUUUGACAGAAAAUGUCACUCGAGAACGUGACCAACUUUUAAACCUGACCAGUUGUUUGGAAAAAGAGAAGUACGGUGUCCUCAACAAAAUAAUAGAAGGAAAUGUGCGUUUAGGAAGACUGGAGGAGAAAGUAAAGGUGUAUAAGCAGACAGCUGCCGGGAAGCUGGGAGACAUCAGCCUCAAGGCGACGGAACAGGAGGAGGAAUUUGCGGGGAAGGCUGCUCAGUUCCAGCGAGAGAUGAAGCACCUGCAGCAGAUGCUGAAGGAGAAGCAGGAAGCCCUUGAUGAAGCGCUGCAGCAGAAAAGGGAGUUGGAAGGUCAACUUGAAAUAAUUUGGGAAUCGACUACCAAAGAAAACAGAAGGAUGAAGGAACUCUUGCAUAAGUCUCUAGAGAAGAGGAACACAGAGAAUCCUGUCAAAGCACAUUUAGCUGACAUUUUCCAGAAAGACCUGCUGGAUGGAUUUGAUUUCAGCUACUGUGAUUUGGAGCCUUCCUCACCUAUGAAGUAAAGCUCAGAACCAGCAGGAGGAAGCUGUGUCUUCAGGACACAAAUGUUUACACCUUUUUCGGGGGGAAAUGAACGCAAGAUACACGACAGAUGGAUGGUCAGAUUGUAACUCCAUCAAGCAGCCAAAUACGAUCUCUCAGAGAAGGCUGUUGUUCUUUUUGGUGAUAUCCAAGGGUCUCGAAAUCUGCAUGGUAACGACUGCAUUGUGGGUGGGGAAUAUGAUGCAUUAAAAGCUCUGUCAGUCUUAACAUUCAUCCAAAAAGCACAUUUUCAAACUUCAUAAUAUCAGGAAAAAAAAUUUAACUAGUUUCUCUCUAGAGCCUCUAUUUCUCAUAGGUUUCAUAGAUGGCUUCCUUUUCAGUAAAUACACUUAGGAUUGUAUUCCCAGUGAUGAGAAUGAAAAUGGCUUUUAGAAAGCACUAAGAAACAUGAUGACACGCUAUUACCGGUUUUUAAUGUCACAUUUCCUUAUAUUGAUCUACUUACUGUGUUUUGCUAGCAGCAGUUAACACGGUCUGUCUCUGUAUAUUGCUACUAGUUACCUUAAGGACCAACAUAAAUAUUUUCUAGACCAUGGUUUUUAAAACUUUUUCCACUCACGAACCCUUUUCUGCAUGAGAAAUUUUUACACAACCCUAAGUAUGUAAAAUGGGUAUGAAAAUCAAACGUUUACUGAUAAUUAAAAUCAGCAGUUUGCAGGGCUCUCUCAACAAGAUGAGUUUCUUUUUCUAGUGUACAGCUGAAACAUCCUCACUGUAAACAUUGCAGGCAAGGUCUUGGUGGCCUUCAGAAAACGUUUACUGUGGUCAAAUUGUUCAUGACCCUAACAUUGAGCUAAACUAAGGGAUCCCCACCUGGUAUUUUUUUUUAAUCAAGCACCUUUAUGUUAGAAAAUAAUUUCACCCAGGUACAUUGUCCCUCUGUUUUGCAGAACUUUGGGUUACUAAACAAUAAUGUUGACAAAAUCAGGAUUGUCCUUGCUAUGUAUAUUUGAAAAUUUUAAUAUAAGCAGCAUCAUCCAAAAGCUACCAUAUUUAGCAAGACAGAACUGGAGAAAGACUGGAAGAUGUUGUAAUGGAUCUCAAUCAAAAGUUGAGUUUCCUGCAUCUUUUAGGGGUCAAGUAUUGAAUCUUUCUCUCCCUGGUUUUGAGAGAAAGUGGUGCUUUUCGCCACUUGAACAACAAUCAAAUACUGUGUGAUUCAAGGGCCUUUGGUUGUGAUGUAACAUUGUAAGAGCUUUAACUUGUGAAAUCGAAUAAAAGCCAUUUCCUGAUGUUUUCUAUGA